AUUCCAACUAAAAGCGCAAAGCGUACGUGCAAUAUUUUUUGUGUUCUGGCAUUGAGAACGAAAAUCAAUUAAAUACAUAAACAAUAUGGCGGACGCGAAUGAUAAUGCCUGUGACUAUGAUAUGGAAAUGGGAGCAGCUGAUAUUGAUCUGAGCGUGGAAAUCAAAAAUCUAAUGCAAAAAUUUGGCGUGCAAACUUUAAAAAUGCUGGAGUUGCAAAAUCGUCGAAUAGGCAGCGCAGUGGCUAGAGACGAACAAACUUACAAAAAUCUUAUUGAGAAGAUGAGCCUGUUGUGCGGCUUAAAUAGACCACAAAUUGACCCCAAUAAGACUACAAUAGGGCAAAUUGACAAGAUCCAUGGCGAAAUACUGCAGCAAUUUAAAAAAUUGUUUGACUCGGAGGACGAUUACAUGCGUGCUUAUGACCAACAUUGUAAGGCGAUUAAAAAAAAUAAAAAGAUCAGCAAGGUUGGAUCACAAGUUGGAUAUGAUGAAUUCACCACCAUGCCCCACGCAGCUUUGGAGGAUUGCAUUGCUCAAUUACAGCGCCAACAUCUUCAACUCAAAAAAUCUUCCAAAGCGAUGCGCGAAAAACGUAUCGUAAAGCAAAAGGAAUACGAGGCAAAGUAUAAUGCGAUUAUCAAGGAAUUUGAACAACUCGAAAAAUAUGACUUGGAGGCACAGGAGACACUCGAGUUGCUGAGAUUUGAAUCCAAGUAGAAAUUUGGUUCGUUGCCUUACACACAAUCUGCUCUCUAGCCGUUUCAAUGAUAAAUGGAGAUUUGAAUUUGUUUUAGGCAUACAACAGCCGCUUGGCCUACUUGAACUUGGCUUACCCACUUGAAAGAGACUACUUGGAUCAAUUUUUUAUCAAGUGAUCAACUUUUUUGACGACUCUUAUGUUAAGACGUUUUAAAUUUGAAAACAUUUAAAGCGUUCAAAGAAUAUAUAGAGCGCUCUUACUUUCGUUUUUGUUCAUAAUUAUAACUAUUCCACUUGCUAAAAGUACUUUAUAAACUACAGACACAGCCACUGCUGCAAUUACUUUAAUUUGGCUUAAAGCUGACAACUAAGAAUAAUUGAAAAUUGAAUUAAUCUGUUAUCAAUAAGCGACAUUUUGAUCUAAACAAAUGUAAUACACAUUGUUUUUAUUUGUU